UUGUCCACAGCUUUGAAUCAAGGUUCUACCCAACGUUUGGUCAGAUGGGCAAACAGAACAAAGACGAUAUCCCCAACCCAAGCAAGGUUGGCAAUCGUGAUAUCAUCCAACGUCUCAACUUUCUCUACCAAGCCAGUGUUCUCCUCAAUGGCAUGACAGCUGGUCCCUCCUCGCUUGUCCCGUCUAGCAUCUGUGAAACCAACAACACGCAAAACCUACCGCAAAAACGGCAAAAGAGGCUCGUAUCUACUGCGGAUCUGUCUAGAAGUUACAUAGACACGAUGAAAGUCGUCGGACAAAAAACAAAUGUCAAGAUUGAUCCAACAGUCAAACGCGUUAUAUGUAAGGGAUGUCAUAUCGUGUUAAUUCCUGGCGCCUCCUCGACCUUGCGCGUCAAGAAUUCCAAAUCGCACAGACACAUUGUUGUCCACACUUGUAACUCGUGCAGAACAUCACGGCGAAUACCUGCGCCUCCAGUACUGGAUGCGAAUGAACCUGAAUCUAGGUCCACCACGACGGACCAACCAGCCCCCCGUGCUACAACAGGAAGUGCUUCGCGAUCAGUACAGCGUAGACAAAAGAGGUUGUGCGUGGCCCGGCUGGCGCCCCACUUUGCUCGAGACCUCGGUCAUGUUGUCUUCCGAGGAAACGAGAGGCUACCCGAUGCUACUCAGUGAGAUCAGACUAUCAUUUUCUGAUUUGUUCUGUUCCCCAUUGUCACUCUUACUAAAGUUAAACAAUUCAGUGAGUCGAGUAUCAUAAUAUCACGUUGCCUAUGAAAACAUCACGCAGUUCCUCUCCAUACGUUCGACCAUGGGCUGGUGGUAGGAAAUAUCCACGAGAAGUUUGAAGCUCACGGUUUCAGCACUAUUAACUGGCAUAUGCCCCUCUCGAGAUUUCUCAGUAUCUAUGAAUCUGUCUAUGUAGAGUUGUAGAUAAUAACAUGAUCAUCACCCAUGGGCAAGCGCUCAGCGUAGUCGC